CAAAAAGAAAAACGGUUAGAUCACCCUCCAAAUAUUUUACCAUCCGAAUUAAAACUCCUAAAGACAUCAUCACUACUAAAUAACUUUCUAUAAAAACGUGAAUUAUGUUCUUACACACAAAAAAAUAAAACCAAUAAAUAAAGUGUUUUUUUAUUUAAUCCCUUGUCUAACGCUUUCCUUCACGUCCCCCUUCCUUCCCUCGCGGUUACUCUCCCGUUCUCAGCUGGUCAAUUCUCUGGUCGUUUCUGGAUUUCCCUUUCUCUCUUCUUCACUCCACCUCUUUCCUCGAACCAACGCCCUCGUGCUCAUCUAAUUUCAUCUCCCUCCGUCGUUUCCUUAGCGCAAGGAUCAAUUUUGUCCAAGUCAAUUCUUCAAGAGCAGAUCUCUGGAGGAUUGAUCCAAUCACACACCUGGGUCUUGAUUUCUGGGUUUUAGUUUAGAGUUUUUUUUGUGUGUGUGUGUGUUUGUGAUGAUGGGUUGGAGAUACAAAGCUGGUCUGUUCUUGAUAGGCACCGUUGUUGUCAUAUGGGUCACAUCUGCAGAAGUUACUCAGGAUAUCUUUACAGCAUAUAAGCAGCCAUUUGCAGUCACAUACCUUGGAGCUUCUCUUAUGAUCAUUUACCUUCCCGUAGCAUUCCUCAAAGACUGGCUUUGUCGGUAUUUAGAGCGACGGCGAUCCUCCAAAAGCAGUAGGGUUCCGGCAUUGACCGAUGAGUCCUCCGUUGAGAUCAGACACAAAAUCAUUGAAAUGGGACUUCAAGGGACCAUCACUAAGAAAGAUAGCGAGGAAGACUUUUCAUCACAUGAGGAAGACGCGAGACCUUUGAUCGGUAAAGGGAAAGAAGAAGCGCAGACUCCGAAACACGGGAAAGAGAUCACCACAAAGCAGAUUGCAAUGUACGGGCUUUACCUCGCACCGAUUUGGUUUGUGACAGAGUAUCUGUCCAAUGCUGCCCUUGCGCGUACAAGUGUGGCAAGCACUACUGUAUUGUCUUCAACCUCAGGGCUGUUUACUCUUUUCAUUGGUGCUUUUUUGGGCCAAGAUACUUUGAACCUGUCCAAAGUAGUUGCUGUAUUUGUCAGUAUGGCUGGUGUGGUCAUGACAACGCUCGGGAAAACUUGGGCUGCUGAUGACUCGCAAUUAAAUUCUUCACUCAACGGGCAACGGUCCCUUGUUGGAGAUCUCUUUGGGCUUCUCUCUGCAGUCUCGUAUGGACUAUUUACAGUGCUUCUAAAGAAGUUUGCCGGUGAAGAAGGAGAAGGAGUUGAUGUACAAAAGCUGUUUGGAUACAUAGGACUGUUCACACUUGUUGCUCUCUGGUGGCUUGUGUGGCCAUUGACAGCAUUAGGGAUCGAACCCAAGUUUACCAUACCGCACUCUGUCAGAGUUGAUGAAGUUGUAUUGGCAAACGGUUUCGUUGGAAGUGUCCUCUCUGACUACUUUUGGGCACUUUCUGUGGUGUGGACGACUCCGCUAGUAGCGACACUGGGCAUGUCUCUCACCAUUCCACUGGCGAUGGUUGCUGACAUGAUGAUUCAUGGUCGUCAUUAUUCCGCCAUUUACAUUCUUGGCUCUACUCAGGUGUUUGCUGGAUUCGUAAUAGCUAACAUCUCGGACUUGUUCUCAAAGAAGCUUGGUUUGUAACAGUGGCUUCAAGUCUUGUCGAUGAUUCUUUUGUGGUGUUUGUGGGUAGAAAUUGUAUCCUAGAUUCAUGGUUGGAAUGAAAAGUUUAUAGUUUUUUGGGUUCCCCUGUUUAAAUGAAUGUGAUUACCAACGUUUUUGAUUCCCAAAUUUGUUGGCACUUUCAAACAGAGUGAGAGACAUGGAACACAACCAAGUAUGAUUCAUCCGAAAGAAAAAGGCUUUAGUAACUAGAUCAAGAUUUA